AUGGCGGCUCCGGCCAUCUGCUCGCCUCGCUCUGCCCGUCUUCUUCUCGCCGGGAAUGUGAAUUUGCCAACUCUCGAGAUGGAGAAGGCCAAAAAAGCCAUUUCCAAGGUAGAGAAGAAGCCUUUUUACUUCCCAGGCUUGAAACCCCUCGCUGUCCCUUGGCGCCUCGCUCCCUGGAGACGGUCCCAAGUUGGCGGCUCGCUGGAGAACGUGCUCGCUUCUGGGGCCAGACAGACCCUGCUGGCUGCUCCUCAAUUGCGUGCAGAUGAAUCUCCACGCGCGAGCCAACUGGGCUUGAUGACCGAGUCCUCUGCCCAGCCUGUCACCCCCGUGCUGCGCCCUGCCCUGCGUCCUGCCCGUCCCCCGCCCCGGUCCAUUCUGAAGCGUGUCGGUGGUCCAGUGGAGCGUCAUGAUCGUCAUGUUUCCUUUGGAGACGUGGCUGUUCAGGAAAUUGCACGGCCCGACGUACACGUCAGAGUGUUCCCUCCUCCCCGCUGGGCAUACUUCCCUACCACUCGUCCUACCCAUCCAGAACUUCCCUCCCCCUCACUGGAAGUGGAGGAUGUGAUGCAUGAGCCUCACCAGCGGCACGUGGAGUCCUUCGUGAAGCCUCCUUCAGUGAAGGAACUGAUCGUUGGUACCGCAUGUUGUGCAGCCUUCAUGGGGAUUCUGUGGUGGCUUGGGUGA